AUUAUUUUCUUGUUGUAAGAAAUUACAGAACAACAUUUCUAUCAAAUUAUAGCUCAUAUUAAGCUCACGUUAUUGUUUCUCUCGCUCCCUUCGAAAGAGAAAACUACUCUGAAACAUGGCAACAACAAGAAGAAGAACAAGUUUUCUUCUCUUGCUUCUUGCAUCUCUCUUUCUUCUUUCAUCUUCUUCUUCGACGGAUUCAUUCCUUUUAGGAGGCUGCACUCAACAAACAUAUGCACCCGACUCACCCUACGCGUUCAACCUCAACUCACUCCUCACUUCCCUUGUCAACUCAGCCACCUACUCCUCCUUCAACAACUUCACCAUCCUCGGCUCCAGCCCGCAGGACGUCGUGUACGGGCUCUACCAGUGCCGGGGCGACCUCUCCAUGCCCGACUGCGCCGCUUGCGUGAUACGUGCCGUCAGUCAAGUGGGCGGGUUGUGCCCACAAACGUGCGGUGGAGCUCUGCAACUAGAAGGGUGUUAUGUGAAGUAUGACAACGUGAUGUUCUUGGGGGUGGAGGAUAGGAGUGUGGUGUUGAAGAAAUGUGGGCCGUCGGUUGGGUAUGAACCAGAGACUAUGAGCCGUAGAGAUGCGGUCUUGGCUGGCCUGGCCAGUGCUGCUGGACCGUAUAGAGUUGGUGGAACAGGAGAGGUCCAAGGUGUUGCCCAGUGUGUGGGGGAUCUGACUUUGGGACAGUGUCAAGAUUGUGUGUCGGAGGCAAUCGGACGACUGAGAAACGAUUGCGGCAUGGCGGAUUACGGUGAUAUGUUUCUGGGCAAAUGUUAUGCAAGGUACUCUACUGGGAAAGCCCCUUCUGACUUCGAGGACCCCCCUGACUUCGAGGACCCCGAUGAAAAACGCCGAAAAAAAAAAAAAAAAGGAAAGAAUAGUAGACUUGCAAGAACAAUUGGAGUGUCAGCAGCAGUGUCAGCAGCAGUGUCAACAGCAGUGUCAGCAGGGGUGGCUUUUUUAUUAACAACAUAUGUUACUUCCAAAAGAAAGCCGCCUGAGCCUGUGAAAAAAGGUGAACCUCAGCCUCCAGAACGUAUUACCCCACCGCAAAAGAAUAUCUGCGACUGCGGUGCCUGCGAAUGAAGAGUUGAGGAAAGAUGCAGAAAGGGGGCAAGUACCAAACAAAGUUUUAAAAGGAGGGGAAGGAAAUUAUUAAAAAAGUCAUUAGACUAAGAUUUCACUCUGCUCUCCACUAGCUUGUUGUUUUGUCAAAAAUUGGAAAGAUUUAAUGGCUAUAAUCCUUUUGUAAAGUAUCAGACUCUGUUUCCUUUCUCUGUCGCUAAUGUUUUUUUUACUUUUUUUUCCAGCCGACAAUUUACGCUCAUUUCUUUCUGUUUUUUUCUUGCAUGUUCAUCGAUCACGUCAUUGGACAGUGGGUUUGAUUUAAGAUUCCCAUCAAUAAUUUUAAUGUAUCUUUUUGUAAUCAGUGUAUGAAACAGACCACCAUGAACAUAAAUAUAGUAUAUUACAUGUUUGUAAGAGAUAUAUAAAGACAAAUAAUUAAUUAAAUUAAAGUCGAUCCUUUUCUCCUUUUCUCUUA